AACGACGACUUUUUAUUUCUCAGUACAAUCUCUGUUAAGAAUUGAGGAACCUCGACUCUUCUAUGUAAUAAACGGAAGCCUUCAUCAGUCUCAGAAGUCCAUGAUAUCUCUGCCGGUUUUUCUCCUAAGUACUGCUGUACUGGUCGGUUUUCUGGCAAUGUUUUGGACACGUGACAACAGGAAUCUUCCGCCGAGGGAACCUGGACGUCUACUAGUUGGAAACGUAGACAUUAAACCAGACGCUACUAUGCUUUUCAACCUACAGAGGAAACAUGGUGAUUUUAUAACGCUGAAGGUCUUUGGUCAGACUAUCAUUGUCGUUUGUGGCUAUGACACAAUCAAAGAAGUUCUAGAAAAGCAUGGCGAAUCAACAUCUGCCCACACUGCAACGUUUGGAUUUUCGGAAUAUUUUGAACUAUCAGGUAUCUUUGGAGCAUCUGGUACGAUAUGGAGGAAUCAACGAAAAUUUGGACACGAAACAUUGCGAUCCAUUGACUCAGGGGGUAACAAUCUCGAAACUCGGGUUUUAGAAGAAUUACCGGACUUCUUUAAGGAAAUAGACAAGAUGAAGGGUCAACCUUUUGAUGUGAGCAAGCUCAUCAAAACAAGUCAAUACAAUAUCAUAUCAUCUCUAAUUUUUGGACACAGAUUUGACCACGAUGAUGCAACUCUCACAAGACUCGUGGAUCUACUUGAGGAAGCCAUGGAAAUAUUUCAUGAUCAGAUAAUUUUGAACUUUUUGGAAUGGCUGAAGUACAUACCAGGGGAUCCAUUUAAAGUUAGAAGGAGACGAUUCCUGGUUGAUGAAAUCUUCAAAAUCGUUCAAAAGUCAGUUGACGAGCACAAAGAAACACUUGAAAAUCCAAAGUCCGACGAUUUUAUUUAUAGCUUUUUAAGGGAACAGAGAAAGAGAAAAUUAAGUAAGGAAAGCUUGGAAGGCUUUGGAGAUAGGGACCUCCUAGUUUUGGGAUAUGCAUUAUACUUCACCAGUACCCCAGCCGUUAAUGAGUUAUAUUGGUUCAUUUUGUACCUUUUGCACAACCAAGAUGUAGUGGUACGCAUGCGCAAAGAAAUUCAAGAAAAUAUUGGAACCAAUACAUCUAUUACCAUGGCAGACCAAGAGAAGCUCCCCUACUGUCGUGCAGUAAUGUAUGAAGUCCUGCGUAUUUCUUUCACCACCGUGAUUCCGCCAACACAUACGUUCUCAGAAGACAUUACGGUCAAUGGUUAUACGCUGCCAAAAGAUGCCUGGUUGAUGGCAGCCUUGUGCACAGUCAACAUGGAUCCGAACAUUUUUCCGGAGCCUGAAAAAUUCAAACCAGAACGAUUCAUCAAUGAAAACGGCCAAUUGUUUGGAUAUGAAAAGGUUUAUACAACCUUUUCAUUGGGUCUCAGAGACUGUCUUGGCAAAAAUCUUGCUAAAAUGGAAAUGUUUCUUUUCAUAACAACACUGGUGCGGGACUACGAUAUUGAAAACGAGGCUGGAAAACCUCUUCCAUCAUUAGAAGGAAUGUCCAGAGGAUUCCGUGUUGCUGUUCCCUAUCAAGUUUGCUUGAAAAAAAGAGAAUAAAGUAGAAGUACAAAGAAAA